AUGUCGGGUGUAUCACUACCGGUGCCGGCUCCGGAUUCCGAGCCUGAUCGGACGGCCACUACCCCAUCUCCAAACUCCGCCAAACGCCACCUCCAGCCGCCAUCAGCCACCUGUGGCACUGUAAUGGGAUCCCUUCGUUUGAUUGAGUUACAACUGGUAGCCUUCAUUAUGGUUUUUUCAGCCAGUGGCCUUGUUCCACUCCUCGACCUCAUCUUCCCAGCCUUCACAACUGUGUAUAUUAUCGUGCUUUCGCAUUUAGCCUUUCCGGCACAUGGAAAAACCUCAGAAUCACUCGAAAUAUUCCAAGGCAGUCGAUUUUUCCGAUUCUAUGUAAUUGUCGGAACAGCAGUUGGCCUGUUUUUGCCAUUGGCUUAUAUUUUGGGUGGAUUUGCAAGAGGAGACGAACAUGCUGUUCGAUCAGCCACGCCUCAUUUGUUCUUGCUAUCUUUUCAAAUACUUACAGAAAACAUCAUAAGUGGGCUGUCGUUGUUUUCGCCUCCGGUGAGAGCACUGGUCCCUUUGCUUUACACUGUUCGGAGGAUUUUUGUGGAUCUUGAUUGGAUUAAGGAUGUCUGGAUUAACAAAACCUUGCCUGCAAAUGCUGCACUCCAGGAUGUGGCUUGGCAUUGGUUCGGAAAGGUGCUGUCAAUUGCAAAUCUAACAUAUUUCUCGAUCAAUUUGUUUGGUUUUCUGCUUCCUCGUUUCCUCCCGAGAGCAUUCGAGAGGUACUUUAAGGAGCGGGAUGAGGUGCGGGCAAAGAUGGCAGAAGACAAGCAUUCAUCAGCAAGGAAGGACUCUCAAGACUCAGAUAAGAAGGCUAAUUAG